UACAAGCAGUAUCCCCUCAUACCCUCACACACACUGGUAGGCUACAGCACCAGUAACGAAACAACGAGCAAUGGCGCGAUUCUCUGCCCUUUCCGCCGCCUUGUUUGCGGGGGCCGUGAGAUCGGGCGCUCGCGCCGCCGUCAACGUGGGGAGCUGCACCGAGUUCGCUGCCAUAGACCGUAAGGUCGAGACCGAGGUGACCAUCACCGAGGCUGAUUUUGCUUGCGACGAGUACACGCGCCUGUCGAUCCGCAGCAACAUGGUGCUCAAGUCUUCGGUGGGCAAGGUGACCUUUUCCAACUUCGCGCUGAAGGUGUACGGGUCGCUUACGGUGGAGCCGGACGUGGUGUUCACUGGGGUGUCUCUCGUGGAAAAGAACGGCGGCGUGUUGAAACUGGAGCUCGGCGCCGUGGGUGUCUUCAAGGGUACGGCGGAGUUUUCCGACAACUCCAUCAUUUCGACCAGCAUCGACGAAAGCACCGAAGAAGAGAUACUGCGUAAGGGUGGCGCGAUCCACACCAAGGGAAGUCUGACGUUCGAGAAGGACGCCACCUUCAGCGGAAACCUUAACGACAGGCUGUACUACGGCUCUGGGCCGGGCGGGGCAAUCUCCGUUCAUGUCAAGGGAAGCAUCUACUUCAUGGGCAAACUCACGAUGACGGACAACGAAGCCGACGACUACUUCGGUGGAGCCCAGGGCGGGGCCAUCUUCAACAGAGGUGAUAUCGUCGUGGACGGCGAGGCGGAGUUCACGGGCAACAUCGGGGGGCGCGGCGGCGCGAUCUUCCAGGAGAAAUGGGCAACGCUUGUGUUCAACGACUUCGUCACGUUCACGUCCAACAAAUGCCUCGACACUUUUGGCGGGACCAUCGCCAACAUCGGCGGCGACGUCACCGCCAAUGCCGGCAGCCUCUUCUUUGACGGUUUCGCCGAAAACUCGGGGGAUGGCGGCUUGGGGGGCGCAAUCUACAACUACGGAGGCGGCAUCGUCAAGCUCACGGGCUCGACCACGUUCAGGCAGAACUACGGUAACUGGGGGGGUGCCGUCUUCAACUCUGCGGUGCCGAACGCCUACUUCACGGCCGAGGACGAAAGCUACGUCAUGCCGACAAUAAGCUACCCUGAGGACACUAUCUUUGAGGACAACGAUGCACAGUACUGCAACGACUUCGCCUCUGACUUUGACGAGGAAACCUGUGGCCUGUAGGCUGGCCUCUACAGUAGGGAGAUGGCCCCACGUGGAGACUUCUGCUGUACCGUAGGUCGGUCAGCAGCAUGUUUGGUUGAGGCGGUUGAGUGCUAGGGAUACUACAGGAGAUUAUAGAUUUUACCCCUCAGUCGGCAUCUCGGUGUUGUGCACGCGGAGGUUUCUAAACGUCGGCAGAUGUUCCAUUGAACAUGAACUAACGGAGUGCUUGAUUUAUUACCUUGGAGAGGCGGCACCGAAUCAUGGUGAUCGAUGAUCAUGUCGUGGAUCUUGUGUGGCCGAACGUCGGAACAGGUUUGCAAUGCAAAUGAAGCCCCACACGUGAACGAAAGAGUCCAUAAAUGCAGCAUGUGGAGUCUUUGUAGGGGUCGAACAGCACCAACAUGCACACACAGGUGAUGAAGUGGCUGUUGACGAUUCUUGUUGUCGGCCUCUACCCGCUGCAUGGUGGGCAGUCGGAGGCGAAGGCGUGUCGAAGGAAUGACACUCUUCUAUUCGUUGGGGUCUGAACGAUGGCUGCUCUCUGCAGCCUGCACAAAACUGAACGGCUAGGAUAGCGCGUGCGGGCGGUUUCCGACCAUGAGACAAAAAUAUUUUGCACAAGUGAUGUAGGAGGCGAGGUAUCAAAGGGCAGGAACGACAGGUCUGGCACACUCUGCUCGAGACGCCCCAACAACCGGAGCUUGGGAAAUGUUGCAUUGCCAUCGUCUUGAGAAUGCCGGACUGCACAGCUUAGCACGACCGAGAAGAGGCUAUCAUGGUAGGGAGUAGUCUAGACCAACAAAGAAGAGGCAUAAGCCGUGCUGACCUCUCGGUUGAACCGUUCGUUGAGGUGCAUUAGAAAAUACUCAUCACGUAAAGUGGAAAUUGUCAAGGACCAGGCAUCUUGAUUGUUUUUUUUUUGAGCCAGGGUAUUUACCCAAUAAAAUACAUACCAUUCGAAAGCUACGGACCAGGGCUUUCGAAUGAACCUACUUUUAGCUUUCACAGACAUGUUGGUGUCGAGUUAUGUCCAAUAUACCGUUUCGCUGAAAACGCGGCGGAACUAAAUAGUAAAUCUCGAUUUC